GAGAAGGUCUUCGUCUUAGCGCCAUGAAUUCUCCUCUUCUUCCCCUCACAGCGACUGGUAUCGUCAUUGCUGCCGUCGUGGCCUAUGUUCGACGCAGGAAUACUUCGAUUGCGUCCCUUCCUGGCCCUGCGCAAGGCCAUUGGUUGCUGGGGCAUCAACCCACCAUUCAGCGCUCCGCCGCUGGCGAAAUGGACUUCGACCUCAAGGAGAAAUAUGGCGGAGCUGUUAAGCUAGACGGAGCGUUCGGGGAAAGGCUCCUGUGGAUCUGCGAUCCCAAGGCCGUGCAAUACGUAGCGCAAGGAGGCGGGUACAGGUUCAUCAGGGCCUCCGAGCGCAAGGAGCAAUCGCGUCUCAUUCUCGGCGCGAGCGUCCUGAACGCGGAAGGCGAUACCCAUAGGCGCAUGCGUCGCAUCAUGCUCCCCGGAUUUGGUACCAACGAAAGUAAGACUUACGUCCCUUCCUUUGCUCGAAAGGCGGCCAAGAUGGGCGACAAAUGGGUCGAAAGUAUGCACGAUCAAGAGGGUGCCAUCAUCAAUGUGCCGUUCUGGAGCGGACGGGCUACACUUGAUGCUCUCGGCGAAUCGGCUUUUGACUAUCACUUCAACGCGCUCGAUGACAUGUCGAACGAGCUAUCUAAGGUUUUCUCGAACUUCUUCGCGAAGACACGCUUCAUGCCCAGCAACUGGGAGAUUUUAUUGCAGGAGGCGGUGGCGCUCUUGCCUGUGAAGCUAAUCCAGAUGUGGAACGAAUACAUCCCUGACAAGAAGCGCGCCAUCAUGAUAGGCGCGAGGAGUGUUUGCGAGCGUACGGCCCAUCACCUCAUCUCUGAGAAGUCGUCGGCGCUCCUGUCUGACAAGACGGGCAACGAUAUCAUGAGCCUUCUCGUGAAGGCUAACGCUUCCGCUGGCGCGAAGGGCCAACUCAACGACCAGGAAAUGCUUGGACAGCUUACCACCAUCAUCCUUGCUGGCCACGAAACAACGGCUACGACACUCGCUUGGGCUUUGCUCGAGCUGGCCAGGAAUCCUGGUGCGCAGAAGCGCCUUCGAGAGGAGAUCAGAACCAUUCGUCGGGAGCGCGACGAGCCGGAGCUCUCAGCGGAAACGUUCGAGGGGAUGCCCUACCUGGACGCUGUGGUCAAGGAGACUCUCCGCUUCCAUGGAGUCGUCCCUCAGAUCGCCAAGGAGGCCGCAGUAGACGACGUCGUCCCUCUCCACAGACCCGUCGUGGGUGCGGAUGGCGAGAUGAUUCAGGAAGUUCCGGUGCAGAAGGGGCAGAAGAUCCUGCUGUCCAUAGCUGCGUACAACAGAGAUAAGGACACUUUCGGGCAAGACGCCGAUCAAUACAACCCAGACCGCUGGCUCGAGGACGGUCACAUCACCAAGCAGGCCUCUGUUGGUGUUUAUGCCAACCUGUUCACCUUCGGUGGCGGCCAUCGUGCAUGCCUCGGGUGGCGCUUCGCCGUGCUCGAGCUGUCGGCCUUCCUCUUUGAGCUCGUGGACAGAUUCGAGUUCGAUGUUGAUCCGAAUCUGAAGGUAUAUCGUGCUUUCUCUGGAGUGAUGCAGCCGAUGCUCGAAGGCGAGCUCAAGAUGGGGACGCAGCUGCCUUUGCGCGUGCGCAUUGCUUCGUCAUCGGAAUAAACAGCUUCAAGUCUAGUAUUUUGUUAACCUGUUUAUGCUAUAUAAGUCAUCGUUGCCAAUCUACACAGGACGUAACGCCC